UUAUUACUUAAAUCAGUAGUAAAUUAAUAGAAUCAAAUUCAUAAACUUGAACAUACUUACCCAUCAAUUAUACAAAAUGUAAUUGACAAAAUCCAGUACAUGGAUACAUGAAUUUUUCAUUAUCUAAAUUGUAUAUAAAUAUAUAGCUAAUUCACUUAUCUGAUUUUCAUUUCAAUCAUUGUGAUAUGAUGUUACUUCAUUAUAAAUUACAUUGGUAUCAUUUAUUAUUGUGUAUUGUUCAAACUGGAUUAUUAACAAAUGCCAAACCAUAUCAUGUAUCCUACGAACCAGAUGAGACUAUAAUUAAACCAUGUCGAUCAGGUACAGCACAUUGUAUGUUUGGUGAUUGUACAAAAAUUUGGCUUAGAAAAAAAAAACAUGUAGAUAUUAUAAUUGAAUGUCAAUGUUGGACUGGUUAUUCUGGUGAAUGGUGUAAUAUUUAUCCACCUGAACAUAAACAUUGGGAAGGUUUAUUACGUACAAAAGGUAAAGAUGAGAUUACUCCAGUAAUAAAUACUAAACAAACACCACUUACUAUUACGGAUAUAUGGCAUGAACAAAGUCUUCAAUAUGCUGGAUAUUUAGUGGAUAAACAUCGUGAAUCGAUUGCAGAUAGAUUGAAGAAUAAAUUUCUUGUAUUUCAUAAUAGUUUAUCACCCAACCAUGAAAACAAUAAUAGAUCAAGUGAUAAAUAAGGUUUUGAAAUGUACCCUAACUAUAGAAUCGCCUAGUUUUACUGCCAUAACUUCAGGGAUUUUUUUUCAAAUUUUCCUUAUACUACAUAAACUGUUCGAUUUGUUUACAAUAAACUCAUUGUCAUCCGAUUUGUAUAGACCCUAAUUAAUGCAGUGUAACUUAUUAGUCAGCUCCUUUUAAGUGUUAACUGCUUUGCUCUGUUUGUAUUAAUUAUAGUUUAUUGUGUAACUAACUAUACCUUAUGCUUUAUAUAAAUAAUUUCUUUGAAUUCUUAUAUUUUAAUCUUAUUCAGUUUAGGUCAUUAGUUAGAGAAAGGCUAGUCCUCAGACAAACUGUAUGGCUCAGAGCCAAAUAAACAGACUUAUAUUUGGUAAAUGAGUAUUAUUAUUAUUAUUACCAUCAGUUAAGUAACUUGAGGGGUUACUGUUCAAUAAAAUAGAAUGUAAA